AUGGACACUGCCAAACUUGUGGAAUUGAUGUUGUUGCGAGAGGAACAAGUUUCAAAAUUCCUCGAUCUCGAAUUUGCAUUGUUAUCUGUUGGAGUUUCCAACUUGAUUUCUUCAAAAGAAGAAUCUGUCAUAGCAAAACUUGGCAAGAGACUGAACGAAUUGUGCAACGUUUUGAAUCAGGACACAACCAAUCCACCAACCUCCAUCGAUGACAUGCUACGAAAAUUGAAAGAACUUGUUGAGGUGACCAAGUUCCCUCUUUCUGUGCAACGAUGGCUUGGCACUGAUUCAGAUUCUGAGUGUGGUGGUGGUGACAUUUCUGAAGGUAAUACCACUCCCAAAAAAUCUCAUCCUCACCGCGAAGUUGCAAGUCCAAUUAAGGCCUCUAAAAAUGAUAUGGAUGACAUGAUGUCUUGGACACCACCCAAGAACAGAGGCAAUAAUGGUCGUAACAAUGCAUUGUUGGAUGAUCCAAACUUUUACUUUGUUUCCAAUAAUGAAGAGAAAAUUUCUCUUGAUAUUGAAGACAGAGAGGAGCAAUUUAUUAGCUCCCCACUCAAGAGAAAGCUUGAUCAUCGUUACAAGUCCAUUCUUACCGCCAUUCGAGAUGACUUGUUACGGGUAAAGAGUAUUAGUGAAAUUAUUCCAAAACUCAAGAAUGUCCUGGAGCACAAUGCUCAAAUGUAUUCAUUUAUUUUCUCUCUGAUUAAUCUUGGAAAUUAUAAUGGUGACAAGAAAUUUGGAUACUUUUUAUUGGAUGUCGACAAGGUUAUUGAUUUGGAUAAUCUUUUUGCAGAUAUCAUUUGGUAUCGAAGACUGUAUGAAAAAGUCAAAAAGGAACUUGCCAAUGCUGAAGAUCGUGACCAAAACACAAGUCUCUAUUACAAGUUGAAGGGAGCCAUUGUGGAGUUAAAAAAACAAACGACCAUUAUUGGCAAUUCACAUGAAUCCAACGAAGAUAAGGAAGUCAUUUUAAAAUUGAAACGAAUUCUCAAUGUACAGUACACACAUGAAAUUGUCAGCGAAUGCGAAAGCAUGGUCUCUCAAUUGAAACAAUACGUCAAGACAUUCCCUAAAUUUCAAACACUCAUCAAUGAAUUGUGCAUUGGAUUGAAUGUGAAGAGAAUUGAGGAUGUCAUUCCAGCCGUAAAGAGACUGGUGAAGGUUUCUAAAAGUGUAAAUUUAUUGCUGUAA